AUGAAAAUUGAUCUACAGCAGCAGUUGGUUAUAAAAAUUAAUUAUGCUUCAUUUUUGAACACCUUGGAUACAAUCAUUCUUACGGAAAUUAUCCUGUGUAUACAGACGAAGUCUGAUGCCGAAGAACAUCAAGCAUUUUUAGAAACUUAUGGUGAUACUGCUCCAUCAUAUCUCGAUUGCCGGGUUGGUUUCAAAGAUUUAAAAGAGUUGAUUGGGAUGUCAAUGACAAAGAACGGUCUGGAGCACCAAGAAUGUUCGAAGACAUUGAAUAGCAAGGCUUAUUCGACGAAAAACCCAGCGCAAACUCUCAAAAAACCUUCGAACAGCUGA